AUGGACGGGCCUGAGUUUGCCAAGGAGAUCAAACCGUUGCCAAUAAGACACGGCUUGGUCCAUGGAGAGGUCGCGGAAGAGGCAGUGGUGGCCAUCGGGUUCAAGGGGGACUCGACGCUACUGAAUGGCAGCAUCAACAUGCGCGCCAUCAGCAAGACGUCGGCGUCGUUCCUCAGAACUCUAAAGAGGAAGCUGCAAUAUCUCUCGCGGAUGAAGAUUGCGGCUCUUCGCCCGAACUUCGUACUUCCCAAGAAGAAACAGACCGCAUCAAAGCUCAACGGCGCCUCCGUCUGCAACUCUGCACCGCUCUGCUCGGGCCCGGAAGUGAUCCCGCUCGAAACCAUGGUCGAGAAAUACCCGUGUUACCCGCCCGGCCCUCGGCAGUAA